AUGGCUCAUGCUUUACUUCUCUUCCUCUUAUUCCCUUACAUUAUAUCCACAAAUAUUCAUGCCUGUAAACAAACUGAACGCAACUCCCUUCUGUCCUUUGCCUCCACUCUCUCUUCUCCUCCUUUAAAUUGGACAUCCAUUGAUUGCUGUCGUUGGAAGGGCAUCACUUGUGAUCAAGAUGGUUGGGUCACCCGUUUGCUCUUGCCUUCCAAAGGGCUUAAAGGAGGUAUCUCUCCCUCUUCACUUGCAAAUCUCACACAUCUCACCCACUUGAACCUUUCCCACAAUUCACUUCUUGGUUCACUUGAAACUCAGUUCUUCUUGCAUUUGAAUCGACUUGAGAUCCUCGAUUUGAGCUAUAACCGUCUUUCUGGAGAGCUACCACUUUCUCUACCAUCCAGCAAUAUCCAUAUAGUCGAUUUGUCUAGCAAUCACUUCUUUGGUGCAAUUCCAUCUUCAUUCUUCCAACAAGCUAGCAACUUGACUAGUUUCAAUGUCAGCAACAAUACCUUCACAGGGUCCCUUAAAGCCAUUGGGCUGUCUAAAAAUCAUCUAGAGGGACAAAUACAAGCUGAGAUUCUUUCAUUGAAAUCCUUGUCCUUCCUCGUACUUGGUGGCAGCCGAUUCACCAACCUCACAUGGGCAAUGAAGAUAUUGAUGAGUUUCAAAAGUCUUCACACACUCUCGCUUGCUGGUUCCUAUGAAGGUGAGGGAAUGCCAUAUGAUGAUGACAUGGUUGAUUUUGACGGAUUCCAAAAUCUUCGGCUUUUUAGUUUGGCUGGUUCUGACCUCACUGGUCAAAUACCUGCAUGGUUUUCAAAGCUCAAGAAUCUAGAGUUUUUGGAACUGAGUUUCAAUCAAAUCACAGGGCCAAUUCCAAUGAUAGUCUUAUCUAACAAUAACAUUAGUGGUGAUAUACCUACUGAGAUCGGCCAGUUACAGUUUCUCCAGGAGUUGUAUCUUGACUCCAACAACUUCUCCGACGUCAUUCCAGACCAAAUAUCUAACCUAAAAAAUUUGGAGGUUUUGAACCUCUCCAUGAAUCUCUUGUCUGGAAUAAUCCCAUCAUCAUUGGUGAGCCUUAAUUUUUUAAGAGAAUUUAAUGCCUCGUACAAUAAUCUUGAAGGACCAAUACCAACAGGCACCCAGCUCCAAAGCUUCAACGCUUCUGCCUUUGAGGGGAAUCCAAAACUUUGUGGUGUCCCACAUCCAAAUAAGUGCGAACCAAAUAAGGGCAUUGAUGCAGAUAAGAAGAACAACAAAGACGAGGGCAAUGGGCAUCAUCAACUUCCAUGGUUUUAUAUUUUCGCUGUGUUGGGGUUCAUAGUAGGAUUUUGGGGAGUCUGUGGUUCUUUAGUUAUUAACAACACAUGGAGAUAUGCGUAUUUUCGAUUCAUAGACAAUGUACAAGAUAGGCUUUAUGUGAUGGUAACAGUGCGCAUCAACACGAUGAAAAGAAGGCUUAGAGGCUAG